UCAAGUUCUCCAGCUCCGGUCUCCACCACCCAGAGCAUGUUCUGGCUGAUCCAAUCUCUCCCACUUGUCUUCUGCCUUGGCUCAGGGAGUGCAGUUUCACAAAGCAAGUCAACCCCAUUGGUGGUGAAUGGGGUUGUAGGAGACUCAGUAACUCUUCCCCUAGAGUUUCCAGCAGAAGACAUCAAUGUGGUCCUCUGGUUUCGCAAUACCACAGUUAUCACUAUCCACAUGCCACCUAGAAGCACAAAGGUCCUGACUCCUAAUCUCAAAUGCAAAGAGCAGCUGAACUUCACCCAAUCCUAUUCUUUACAUUUCUGCAACCUGACGAGGGCAGACUCAGGACCUUACCAGGCCCAGAUAAACUCAGGCAUCUUUUUCUAUUAUGUUCUAAGGGUCUUUGAACAACUGCAUAACUUAGAAGUUUCCCAUGAUGUUCGAUUGUCUGGGAAUGGAAUCUGUGAGAUCAACCUGACUUGCUCUGUGGAGAACCCAAAUGAUGCUGUCUCAUUUGGGUGGCAGGUCUCAGGAACUACCUCUCUAAGUGAACCAAACCUCACUGUCUUCUGGGAUUCCAAGAAUUCCAGUGACGAGAGCUACAUGUGCAUAGCGGAGAACCCUGUCAGCAAUUUAUCUUGCCUUGUCUCUGCCAAGAGUCUCUGCAAAGGAAGAGCCAGGCUUGGAACAACUGCUUCUUUGGGGAGGGAAAGUGCUCUGGGCAAGACACAGAGCUGGGGGAGGAGUCCCAGAAUCCUGUCACUAAUGAUGCCUUUUGUGUUAACAGCUGAGACAUCAGAGAACAUAGAGCUCGCUUCCAUCUCUCCCGGGAGCACUGUGUAUGUGCAGGUCACUCAUCCACACCAGAAAAUGGAAAUCCUAACACAUACAAAAAGCAAUGAUUCCGUUACAAUCUAUUCCACAAUUAAUCAUUCCAAACAGAAUAAGCCCACUUCUCCCAGGGGAACUGCCCCUCAACACCAUCAAGUAAAUUGCAGAUAAGCUUCAAAGAAAUUCAGGAAUGACAGAUCUCCUGAUAUCAUGGGAGACAACAAAGAGAAGAAACUUGGUUUUCUUCCCGGUAACAGAAUCUGAAUCCCAGACAGGACCAUCACGUCCAGUCUUCAGACUUGAACCUGUUUUCCUAGGCCAAACACUUCAGGAAUAACAUCACUUCCAGGAUAUGAACCAAGUAAUGAUUUCCAGUUGACUCCAGGACAAAGUGUGCUUUGAAUAACACACCUGCAUAGUGACUUUCAUUUGAUAACUGAACAGGGUUAUGGCUGACAGAUUAUAAUUCAGCAGGUAACCAUGUCUCAGAUUUUAGAAAGCAGCAGGAUGUGACUCACUCAUGAGAAGGUACACUGUAUUGUUUAUGUGUGUGGUGUCUGGAGGUGGGUGAGCCCACACUAAUUUCCUGAUACAUCAUUUUCUAGACUUUUCUCCUGAAAUACAUUACCUAAAAUCUUGGAGCAUUAGUCUCAUAGACUAAAAAAAAAUGGCAAUACAUCAGCUCCAUUGCUCAGGCCAGAAAUCUAAGUCAUCCCUGACUACAGCUUCUCCAUCACCAGGCCCUUUGGACUUUUAACCAUAAAAUAUAUCCUGGACCACAUCCACUUCUCUGCAACUUUUCAACCACUAUCAUCUACCAAAUUGUCACCAACUCUAACACGGAAGACCACAUUAACUUCUGAACAACUCUCCUUAUUUUGCUCUCAUCUCCCUCCAACCCAUUCUCCACAAGACAGCCAGAGUAAUGUUUUUAAUAUAAAUCAGAUCCUUCAUUUGCCUGCUUACAAUCCUGCAGGUUCCCAUUGCAUUCAGAAUGAAAUCCAGUCUCCAUGGCCUGGGCCAUCGCAGACUAACUCCUCCUGUACUUGCCCCCCAAACCCACACACACCCCUUCCCUCUAUGUAUUUUCCCGGACCUUUCAGCUUCUCUAGGAGAGAAAAAUUCUCUGUUACAGUGAUUUACAUCUGCCUCAAGGCCCUUCCUCUGGCUGCUGGGUUCCUCCUGUUCUCUAGGUCUCAGCUGAAAUAUGUCAGCUUCUAUGAGAGACCUUUACAGGCCACUCAACCUAAAGUGAAUCUCAUUCUGUUACAUCACCCGUGUCAUUUAUCACAUCAUUAAAUAUUUAUUUUCAUUUGUGUAAUGUCAAGUUCUCCCACUAUACUAUAAGCUCUUCAGAAGCAGAGAUGAUGACUGUUUUUAUUACUGUAACCCCAGCAUCUAGCACAUUGCAAGAAAUGUUAAUAAACAAAUGAAUAUGUAAUGGAUUUUAUGAGAAUUAAAUAAUACAA